CGUUGUGCAUGUCGUUUUGUGAUCAAAUUUGUUAAUGUAGCGCGGCGUGCUUUAAUUUAACAAAAAAAUAUGGAAACUACCGAAAAGAGCGACGACAAAAAAAUCAUCGAAUUAGAAGAGCGAGAGAAGAUAUUAAAUUCGGAGAACAAAAGCUCUUCGCCGCCGAUACUCGAAAUCGAAAACGGAAUCAAACUAAAUAAGACUGAUAUUAAAGAAGGCCGAGAGGUACAACCAAAGAAGAUACCGAUCGGUGGUAUACAGAUGCCUGGAUUUUUUACGAGGAGCAAAUCGAAGGAAAGGUGCAAGGAUACGGAAAAUGAUCAAAAUAGUGAGACUGAAGGGGUUGAAUUAUUGCAAGCGAAGGAGGAAGAGGAAGUUAAAGGACCGCAAACCCGUAUUAAAUUGCCAAAUCCGUUUAGAAAGUCAAAACUGAUUAAUGAAGAUGAAGGUGAGAAAACACCCGAACCGAAAGAGAAAAAGAAAUUACUAAAUACGAUACGACUACCUUUAGUCUCAGUUUUUCCAAGGAAGAAAAAAGAGGAUCAAAUAAGCAAUCAAUCGGCUAAGGCCGGUUUGGCGUCUAUAGAAACACUAGAUGAGACUGAUAAAAGUGCUGAUAGAAAAGAAGACGACUUAAAGAAUGUUUGUUUGGACGUAAAUAUUGACCAGGAAAAAUGCGAGCUAGAAAAACAGCAGCCCGUAGAGCAACCCUCUUGGAAGCAUAAAGUGAGAGCUUAUCGCAUUAUUAUAAGUGCCUUCCUUGUUUUGAUCAUGUUUAUUAUUAUCAUAGUAACUGUAACUUUACCAAUAGCACCAGAGCAUUCAGUGGCGAUUAGGGAUGGAAGAUUUGUGGAAACUAUUACUAGUUGUGGAAAAGUUGAAGGGGUUCUUGAAGAUGGGGCUGUAGCCUUCCGUGGAAUCCCCUACGCUCGUCCACCAAUCGGUGAGCUGAGAUUCAAAGCGGCGCAUCCCUUAAAUUCCAUCUCUUAUUGCUGGAAUAAUACAACACCUCUGCUAACACAUAACGCAACGGAUUAUUGCCUACAAAUUUACAGCAACGGAACAACUGCAGGUACGGAAGAUUGUUUAACUCUAGACGUGGUUACGCCCUACGUUCGAUACGACACGCCGCUUCCUGUUGUCGUUCUUAUUGGUACUGAAAGUUUAAUCGGCGGUUCGCCCGGCAAAAUGCGUCCGUCGGCCAGAUACGCGAGGUCUCGUGACGUCAUAUUUGUGAGGCCGAAUUUUAGGCUUGGAGUGUUGGGAUUCUUAGCAGUCAGUCAGUUGACGCAGUCGGUUCAUUUGCCCACCUCGGGUAACUACGGUCUGUCCGAUAUCGUUGAGGCGUUACGGUGGGUCCAAUACAACAUCGAGCACUUCGGUGGGGAUCGUAAAUCCGUCACAUUGUUCGGUCACAGAGCCGGUGCUACACUUGUAACGGCUCUGUCUGCCAUGAAAGGUGCAGAAAAGUUAUUCAAACAAGCCUGGGCUACUUCUGGUGGAGCUAUAUAUCCGGGAAAAACUCUUGUGGAGUACGAGAUGGAAAAUAAAAACUACAUGCCUAGUAUUCAAUGCGAAACUGCUCAGUGUUUGUUAGAUGCCGACGCCGAUAUGUUAGUAAGCUCUGUUAUUGACACGUGGAGAAAACCUCAACCUGAUUUACCGUCAAGAUUAGAAGAACCGGAUAAACGUCAUGAGUGGUUGGUACUGGAUGGUAACAUUCUCAAGGAACAUCCUGGAAAGGUGUGGGCUUCUGAAGAAGGCUUUCCAGUCAAACUAGUUUUGGGGACUACCGCCCAUGCGGCUGCGUCGGAAACGCUAUACUUAAAGUACAAAUCAUGGUCAGAAGAUCUCGUACAACAGCACAUUAAAGAGUCGAAGUUAGGGCAGUUAAACAUGGUCGAUGAAAUUUUAAAAUUAUAUCCUUCAACCUACCAAGGAUUGAGUGCCAUGAUAUCCGAUAUACGCAUAGUCUGCCCAUUGCUAGCGGUAUCUACGCAGAUGCGUAACGUGCCGUUUUACGUAGUCACGCAAAAUCGAGGCGAACUAAACGUUGCCGACGUCGAUUCCGACGUCGACGCAAUUUUGGGCCGCUACGAACCAAAAACGGCGGAGCAAAAGCGAUACGUAUCCGCAAUGCAGCAAUUGUUUUAUUAUUACGUUUGGCACGGCAAAAUUCAGCCCGUCGAACACAUCAAUAACAAAAUUCUUAUUGUUGAGCAAGAUGUUUUGUUGGCAGCUAACUACACUCAUUGUGAUUAUUGGAUUACUAAAGAUAUUGUUCCUCGAUAUGCACAAUUAGAUUAAAGAUUCCAUGAUCUUUGACUGAAAAAUAUCAAUGCUUGUCCAUUUUUAUUUUAAUAAUAAUAACUUGGUAAAUAGUUCUCGUGGUGCUGACGAUUGAUACAAAAUUUAUUAAUUUGAUAAAUAACAGUGGCGCCAAAUAAGAUUAUUGAUUGAAAUUUAUAAAUUCCAACUGAUGAGGCUCGAGUAUUGAUUGAAAAUUUGUAAAUUCCAACGGAUGGCUCUUUCAUAUGGUUUCCAAAUCUGACCAAUCUUCUGAGAUUGUGUAGAUGUCAAUAUUUCACGCAAAUUCUCUGACAUUAAAUGGUUAAUACAUUUCCUAUGUCGGUCGGUUAGACCUAGGCUAAGCUUUUUAAAGAACUAUGAAUGAUAACACAAGCAUUCCAGGCUAUUUAAUUUCCAUAUGCAUGGUAUGCGCGUACAGAUUAGUGUCAUCAAAAUACAGUGAUAUUCAUGUAGGGGUAGACAUAGGAAUUUCCUAUAGGAAUUUUUACUUUUACAUUAUAAAAAGUCUCCUGAAAGACGCCUAAUUUUAUGCAAUCAAAAUAACUUCUUGAAACAAAUAAAGAUCUCGCUGUUUUAUUAAUUUUAAUCUUGUUGCUUUGGCUUCACAGAAAAUAAAUCUCUUAAGCUCCUUUAACUGUUAUCGGCACUAUACCAAAACGCCAACAGCCAAUGUGCUGACCAGGAUCAUUUCCCAAAUAAAAUGUUUAAUUAUUAUACGCCAACGUGACCAAAAGAG